AUGCGAUGCGCGAGCAAGGUCGCCGAGAGCGCGCCCGCACGUCUCUGUGCGGACGCCGAAGCAGAAACCACAGCAACUGAUGUCUCAUCGGUUGCUGAAGCGACCCAGCCUGUGUCACUUGGUGAUGCAGGCGCUGGUCAUGAAGACACUCAUGUCUUCACAGAGUACGAGCUCGGUGUCUCGUACUCUCCUGAUACUGAAGACGGAUCCGUAUCGACGGCGAUUGAAUCCAAGCCGCCUGCCAAGUGUGGCAUGGAUGAUGCUAUGUGUCGCAGCAUCUUUGGUUCAUUUGAUGAAUCAGAUCAACCCUCGCCAAAGCGAAGGCGCUCGAGAUCGCAAGACUUGGGCGCUCACAGUGGUGAAGAGCGGGACCGCAACGUGUUGCGUCUCGCUCCCGAAAAGAAGACAAGUCUGCCUUCAAAAUCCGUCACGGAUGACUUGUCGGCGACGACGAGUGAUCGUUAUCGAACACGAUUGUUCGAUUCGUCAAGGAUCCAUCACCGUGACCCCAGUGCGAAAAACUAUCGCGCUGAGCAUGAGUUCUUCAUCGAUGCUUUCUUUAAACAUCGAUGGUACAGUGGGAAUCACAAACGUAAUGGUCCCUCACUGCUUCAAGCGUGGAACGCUUACAUCCAUAACCUUGAGGAUGUAGGUCGUGACGUUUGGAACGACAAACUGAUCAAAGCUCGUGAUAAGUUUGAAAAGCGAACCCCGACAGGUGCACGCUAUAAGCUGCAUCGUAUGUCUAGGGAGAGUGGGUUACCCUGUCUCUCCUGGGGAGACUCGUGCCCUUGUUGUGUGAACAACUCUGCGCGCGCACCUAUGGAGGCUUGCCUUCUAAAUAGCCCGUGGUGGCGCGUACGUAUCUCUACUGAGAUGUACGAAGGGAUUGACAACCUGAAAUCCCUUUGCGACCGUGCCGGGAAGACUUUCUCCGGCGGUCCUUCUGCGGCACAGGAUGUGCCGCGUCGUACUGCUCAACCAGACCCAGUACGUCGAUCAUCAGUUGGGAGCGGGGCUCCCAAGUAUCCCAGGACGGGGGAUAGCCGCGCCACUGGACGAGAUAACUCGUCCGACGUCCGUUCACGUCGCGGUGGUUAA